GCGCAGUCAGUAGGAUACGCGUGGGUCUCCGAAAAAGUGAAAUAUUGACUUUUGAUCGCUUAAGUUCGGUUAGUGGAACUUUGACGUUUCAACGUCGUAACGCGUAUCGUAACGAACUUUACGUCCCUUCAGUGGAUCAGUGGAAACAUCGUCCAUUAGGCAGCCCUUCAGUGGAUAAGUGGACCGAAAUCAUCGUUUGGGUGGACAGAAACUCGGAGGAGAAAAUAGCAAGACAACCACCGAGGUUGGAUCAGUAUGUGCCUGUUUCAUGGCUAAAAGAGGAUAUGACGUUGAAGUGUUUGAAAGAAGAGACGAUAUAAGGGCAGCUGUAGAAGUAAAAGGACGAUCUAUAAAUUUGGCGUUAUCACAUCGAGGCAGGAAAGCACUGAAUUCUAUAGGGAUAGAAGACGAUGUUUUGGAAUCUGCAAUACCCAUGAAAGGGAGAUUAUUACACAGUGCAAAAGGGGAACUAAAAAGAGUUGUAUACGAUCCGACAUUUAAUCAAUGCAUUUUUUCUGUUGGAAGAAAUUACCUCAACAAGAAAUUAAUCCAAGCUACUACGAACUUUCCUAACGUUAAGAUAUAUUUCAAUCAUUUACUAACGAGAUCGAAUUUCGAAGAAGGAAGUGUAACUUUAAUAAAUCUAAAGACCUGUGAAGAAUUUAAACGAAAUGCAGACUUAAUAAUUGGAGCAGAUGGAGCUUACAGUAAACUAAGACUUGCCAUGCAACAAACUCCUCAAUUUCAAUACAGCCAGCAGUAUAUUGAACAUGGAUAUUUAGAGCUUAGUAUUCGUCCACAAAUGGGUCAUAAAAUGGAACCUAACAAUUUACAUAUUUGGCCUAGAGGAAAAUUUAUGAUGAUCGCUCUGCCAAAUCAAGAUUCCUCUUGGACAGUAACAAUUUUCAUGCCUUUCGAAAAAUUCGAAAAUUUGUCUACUCCAAAAAAAGUUUUAAAAUUUUUCCAAGAUACUUUUCCCGAUUCGGUUGAUUUAAUUGGAGAAAAUGAUAUUGUGGAUACGUUUUUGAAAAAUAGACCAUCGGAAUUGGUUUCCAUUAAGUGUUCUCCCUAUCACAUCGGAGGCAAGUUUUUGAUUAUCGGCGAUGCCGCGCAUGCUAUGGUUCCUUUUUACGGACAAGGUAUGAACGCUGGUUUUGAAGAUUGUUCUCUGCUCGACGAUCUGUUAGAAAAAAACCGAAACGAUAUAGCGAAAACAAUCCAAGAAUACAGUAAAGUACGUGUAAAAAAUGCGCACGCCAUUUGCGAUUUGGCCAUGUACAAUUACGUGGAAAUGCGAGAUUUGGUAAAUAGAAUCGGAUUUCAAUGGAGGAAAAGUAUCGAUCAUCUUUUAUUCAGAAGUUUUCCAAACAAGUGGAUACCUCUGUACAAUUCGGUCAGUUUUAGCACGAUGGAGUAUAAUCAAUGUGUAUGCAACAGGAAAUGGCAAGAUAGGGUCAUCUACAAAAUAGUUAUGACAAUUGGGAUCAUUAUUGGAACUAUAGUCAUCAUUUUCUUCAAAUCUUUUAUUUAUAAAUAAAUAAUUUGUGACAAUAUUUAUAGUCUGAUUAUAUUAUUAACUUAUAUAGCAUAAUAAAAGAAUAUCUUCUAAAAACAGAGGGCAAUUGCCCCCCCCCCCCCCCCCCCCGAAAAGCCAGG